AUGGCUACUUCAGCAAAAGAACUGGGUAAGAAGAUCAUCGGAUAUCCCGAACGCGUUGUUCCGGUCGUGACCGUCAAAGACUGGUUCUCUCAGUUCAAUAGAAAUCCCAUUCAGCAGGCGAUCAACUACGUUGUUGGUCUCUUCCCCAUUAUCGGAUGGAUUUCAAGAUACAACUUGGGUUGGCUCACAGGAGAUGUGAUAGCUGGACUCACUGUUGGUAUCGUCCUCGUCCCCCAAGGCAUGUCUUAUGCUCAGAUUGCAACGCUCCCGGUGCAAUACGGGCUGUAUUCUUCCUUCGUUGGAGUUCUGAUUUACUGCUUCUUUGCUACAUCUAAGGAUGUGUCUAUUGGCCCAGUCGCUGUGAUGUCACUCACAGUCUCACAAAUCAUAGCUCAUGUAGACGACGCACAUCCUGGAAAAUGGGAAGGCCCUGAGAUUGCCACGACUGUAGCCUUCAUCUGUGGUUUCAUUGUUUUAGGAAUCGGUCUUCUGCGACUCGGUUGGCUAGUUGAAUUCAUUCCUGCCCCCGCGGUCAGUGGAUUCAUGACCGGUUCCGCUAUCAACAUUGCUUCUGGUCAAGUCCCGGGAUUGAUGGGUAUCACCGGUUUCAACACUCGUGCUGCUACUUACCUGGUUAUUAUUGAUACGUUAAAGGGACUCCCCAUCACCACCCGGGAUGCUGCUUUUGGACUAACGGGUCUUUUCGCCUUGUAUGCUAUACGAAUUUUGUGCGACUUCUUCACCAAGCGAUACCCGCGUCGUGCGAGAGUUUUUUUCUUCAUCUCUGUGUUCAGAAAUGCAUUCGUCAUCGUAAUGUUAACCAUUGCCUCUUGGUUAUACACAAGGCACAGGGGCGGUACGAAAGGCAAAUUCCCUAUUAAGAUCUUGGGCACGGUCCCUGCUGGCCUUCAACAUGUUGGACAGCCCACUAUUGACCCCGAGCUAGUGAGCGCUCUUGCAGGAGAACUCCCUGUCGCAACCAUCAUUCUCCUUCUGGAACAUAUCGCUAUCUCUAAAUCGUUCGGGCGAGUUAACAAUUAUAAAAUCAAUCCCAACCAAGAGCUCAUCGCCAUCGGUGUCACUAAUACUAUCGGUUCUUGCUUUGGAGCGUACCCUGCGACUGGCUCGUUCUCUCGAUCAGCAUUAAAAUCGAAGUCUGGUGUGCGGACUCCUGCCGCCGGAAUUCUUUCUGCAAUUGUGGUCAUUGUCGCGCUUUAUGGAUUAACUCCUGCAUUCUUUUGGAUCCCUAAUGCGGGCCUUUCUGCAAUCAUAAUUCACGCAGUAGCAGAUCUAGUUGCUUCCCCGCGACAGGUCUACUCCUACUGGCGAGUCUCCCCAUUAGAGUUCUUGAUAUGGGCCGCUGCAGUCUUAGUCACUAUCUUUUCUACCAUUGAAAUCGGCGUCUACGUCUCUGUAUGUGUGUCUCUGGCUCUGCUUCUUAUCCGUGUCGCCCAUCCCCGUGGAUACUUCUUGGGCAAAAUCACUCUUCGGACGGAUGCACCUGGAAGUAAAGAUCAACGCGAUGUCUUUGUUCCUCUUGCCAGGGAUGGAAUGACAAAUCCGGAUAUCAAAGUAUCGCCUCCCGCUCCAGGAGUUAUCGUUUACCGGUUUGAGGAAAGCUAUCUGUAUCCAAAUUCAUCGAUCGUUAAUUCGGUGCUUGUCGAUUAUGUGAAGGCAAAUAUGAGGAGAGGGAAGGACAUGAGCAAUGUCAAGCUCAGUGAUAGACCUUGGAACGAUCCGGGACCUCGUCAAGCCGACGCUGCUUAUGAGCAAGAACGGAAUUCUAGUCUUCCCGACAUACAUGCUGUCGUACUGGAUUUCUCUACAGUGUCUCACAUCGACACUACUGCCACCCAAGCCUUGAUCGAUACUCGUAAUGAAAUAGAAAGAUGGGCGGACCACCCAGUUGAGUUUCAUUUCGCUUCUAUAUUAUCGCCAUGGAUUAGGCGUGCACUUGUUGCAGGAGGGUUUGGUUUAGGCACUCCAUCGUCCAGAGCACCCCACGAAAUCGCUGCAGUUGUGCCUUACCGAGAUGGUCUCGGCGACAGGCAACUGAGUGAUCUUCGCCAAAACGUUCGCGAACACGCCGACGACAUUGAAACGGGACUUUCAACCAGUGCCCAAGGAAAGGAGUCGAUCAAUUCAUUCGAAAUUGAAACCACUGGGUAUGCUCCUCUUCUUCCUCUCGAUACACCAUUUUUCCAUCUGGACCUGGAAAGCGCUGUUCGAGCAGCGGAGAGUGGACUGGAACUCAGAUCAUGA